UGCGGUGGGUCCGGCGGGGCGGCUGACGCAGUACGGCCUGCCCUCCUCCAUCAGUAUUUGCUCUGGUGCCAGGAGGGACGGUUCUAAAGCUCCGGCUGACACAGGGAGCUCCAGCCUCGCACCUCCCCUCGCAGGGCUGAUGUGCCACUGUCCCACUGAUGGUGCCGGUGGCCGGUGCAGACCAUGAGGGACCGGCUGGCGGAGCUGCAGCAGCGAGCCGCAGCCGAGGGCAACCUGCAUGAGGAUGCUCUGUGCUUCGACAACCCGGUGUUCGCUGGGGACAAUGCCAGCCCCGUUAGCCAGGCGCUGCGGGAGGCAGCCGAGCUCUGGCGGGCACUGGAGCGGCUGGAGCAGCUCUCGGAGAGCAUCAACAGGACGCAGCAGACGGUGCUGUGCUGCACCUCCGGGGAGAGCAUCGCCCGCAAGAAGAGGGGGCUCGGCACUUCCAGAGCUGCCUUCACCUGCGAGGCCAUGGCCCUGCAACCCCAGCUGGGCGCUCUGCCAGCAGCACCAGGGGAUGGGACGGGGCAAGCAGGGCCCCGCAUCCGCCAGACCCAGCAGUGGCUGCUGCUGCGGCGGUACCGCGCCAUCCUCGCCCGCCACUACGCCCGGGAGAGCCGCUACCGGCAAAGGCUGAAGGAGCAGCUCGAGAGGCAGGCGGAGCUGGCGGGCAUUGACCUGGGCACCGAGGACUUGGACCACCUGGCCAAGAGCCCCGAGGUGCCCCGCAUCGUGGGCCGGGACCUGGAGGCAGUCAAGGCCAAGCAGCACCUCGCCAUGGCCCAGGCGCGCCAGCGGCAGCUCCUUGACCUGGAAGCGCAGAUGGCGGAGCUGCACGGGCUCUUCCUGCGGCUGGAGGGGCUGCUGGCCGAGCAGCACGGGGCCGCUGACAGCGUGGAGCACCACGUCCUGCGCACCCUCGACUACGUCACCCAGAACAGCGGCGAGGUGAAGAAAGCCUUCAAGUACCAGCGGCCAUCACGGCUCUCGGCCCUGCUGACGACUGCGCUCAGCAUCUGCACCUGCUGUGCCUGCCUGCCCUGUCUCAGCGGGACCCUCCGGUGAGCCCGUGCUGCGGCGGGGUGGCUUCACAGUACCUCUUGCUGAUCUUCCCC